AUGCGGUUCACAACUCUCACACUCAUCGCUCUUGGAUCGGCAGCUCUGGCUGCUCCUGCUCCCCAGUCCAAUCCUUCAUUGGUGGAGGAUGUCUUGAUACUUGACUUCUCUACCCGACACCAGCCUGAAGGGGCAGUAGACAGCGUUGGGCUUCACAUCACCGCUCAUGAUGCCGACAACCUGUACUGUGGAGUCACUGGGGACGUCGUCCUCGCAGAAAAGUAUUCUUGUGGCAGUAGCAAAUACAGCUUUGCCCUUGUUAAAGGGAUCUUCGACACCUGGGGUGUUCGCAUUUAUCACCGCUGGGGAGUUGCAAGCGGCGCCUCUGGCUACCGGGAUGUCCCCACGUACUGCCACGCGGGUCCUUUGGGAUCCACCGUCUGCACCAGCCAGGGGCCUGUCAGCCUGUACAUUGAUGCCGUGCCCAAAGACUGGUGA